CUGCUCUGACAAGUUCUUAGUCCAAAACGAACUCAAUCAACUCGUUCUACUAUCAGUUGCUAACGUUGAGUUGUUUAUGGAUCUAAAUUCAUUCAGGCGAAGAUCUUCUCCCUCCAACUCCACAGAUCAACGCUUCCUCGAUCUUGGACGACCUCCUUCUGAGAGAUUCUGGUUCUCUACUGUGAAGCUUAACAGGAUUUUGGCUGCUUGUUUGACUGCUCUUCCACUCCUCAUCACCCUCUCCUUGAUCUUUGGUCACCAGCCGUCCGAUCAGGUCAUCGGAUUCGCCGACGCCAGAGUUUUGGAUGCUCAACCUCAACUAAAUAUCUCCACUACGGUGAAUGCAGGUUCAGUCGAUGAUCACUUUAAAGCUGCUGAACUGCCGGAAGACAAAUUGCUUGGUGGACUUCUUGCUGAUGGGUUUGAUGCAGCUUCUUGCUUAAGCAGAUACCAGUCUUUUUUAUAUCGCAAAACGUCACCCCAUAAGCCUUUUCCGUAUCUCCUUUCCAAACUUAGAAAUUACGAAGAUCUUCAUAGACGCUGUGGACCUCAUACACUGUCCUUCAACAAAACCCUGAAACAAUUUAAGUAUAGUCAUAGUAUUGGCUCCACAGAUUGUAAAUACAUUGUGUGGAUAUCUUUCAGUGGCUUGGGAAAUAGGAUUCUAACCCUUGCUUCAGCAUUUCUUUAUGCUCUUCUUACAAACCGAGUCCUUCUCGUUGAUCAAGGAAAGGACAUGGCUGAUCUCUUCUGUGAGCCAUUUCCAGAUAAAUCAUGGUUGCUACCCCAGGAUUUUCCUAUCACCCAUAAGUUCAAAGGCUUCAAUCAGGACUCUCCUCAGUGUUACGGAAAAAUGCUGAAGAAUAACAUCAUUAACACUUCAACAGAAUCAGUACCAUCCUAUUUAUAUCUCCAUCUCACUCACGAUUAUGGAGAUCAUGAUAAGCUCUUUUUCUGUGAUGAAGAUCAAGCAUUUUUGGCAAAAGUUCCCUGGUUAGUUAUGAAAUCAAACAACUAUUUUGUGCCGUCACUCUUUCUGAUCCAAUCUUUUGAACACGAACUUGGCAGACUAUUUCCCGAGAAAGGAACUGUUUUCCACCACUUGGGUCGGUAUCUUUUCCACCCCUCAGACCAUGUAUGGGGCCUAAUCACAAGGUACUAUCAAGCUUACUUAGCCAAGGCGGAUGAGAGGCUCGGAAUUCAAAUUAGAGUUUUUGAUACAGGUGUUGGUCCAUUUAAUCAUGUAAUGGAUCAGAUUUUGGCCUGUAGUCUGAAUGAGAAGCUGCUGCCUAAAGUUAACAUGCAAGAAUCUGUUGUCAAUCUAUCAGAAAAGCCUAAAUUGAAGGCUGUUCUAGUGACAUCUUUGAAUUCUGGAUACUAUGAGAACAUGAGGAACAUGUACUGGGAACAUCCGACUAUUUCUGGUGAUUUUGUUGGGUUUUACCAGCCAAGUCAUGAAGAGUAUCAACAGACAGAGAAAGGGUUGCACAACAGGAAGGCAUGGGCCGAAAUGUAUCUCCUCAGUCUGACUGAUGUUUUGGUCACAAGCUCAUGGUCUACAUUUGGCUAUGUAGCUCAGGGUCUUGGAGGUUUGAAACCAUGGAUCCUCUACAAGCCUCAAAAUAGGACAGCUCCAGACCCACCUUGUCGACGAGCAAUGUCAAUGGAGCCUUGUUUUCAUGCUCCUCCCUUUUAUGAUUGCAAGGCAAAGAAAGGAAUUGAUACAGGUGUAGUUGUUCCCCAUGUGAAACAUUGUGAAGAUAUGAGUUGGGGCCUUAAGGUGGUCGAUGGUCAUGAUGAGUUAUAAUCCCUCUUUGUUGCUGAAGUUCCUUACAAUUUUGGAUAUAAAGUAGAUUAAUUUUCUAUUGGAGGUCAGUGAUAGUGCUAGCUAAUCAUAAACUUGCAAUUUUUCUUUCUCUAUUGGCUCUGAGAAUGUUGCAAACUGAGUUCAGAGUCUACAAGCAGAUUGAGAAUGCGAUAAUAGAAGUUUUUUUUUUU